AGGAAAAGGCCGCACAUACACGUCACGGGGGGGGGGGCAGAAAAAUACUGGGCUAUGUUUAAUUCCCACAAUUAUUUAUUCACCCAUGUUCCCGUGUAUGUCCGUGAAGCUUUCGCAGUUUUAAGUGCAACGUCCUCUCCUCAGUCAUCGGUGAGUGCGCUCUGUUGUCAGGCUCAGCCCGCAGAGGAGGGCUGACACUGUCACACAGCCACUGAACUUCCCGUCAGGACGCUGCACGGGCGAAACGAGCUGCUGCUGACAAAAAAAGGGGAACGACAUCGGGGAUUGUGGAGAGGACAGGACACACUCCAGACCACAAGGCUUCUGGGCAGAGAAACGGUGCCAUUGUCCUCCAGCUGAGGGCGAGCAGAGCAGACAGGUCUGGUGCUCUGCUAAUUAGCCUGCGUGGGUCCCUGCAGAGAGAGACAGAGAGCAGCGCGGCUAGCUGCGGCACAGAGCUACUUGCAGAGGGUUCGGACCCUGGCUCGGAUUCGCCACUCGGGCGCUGUCCUCGCCGGGGGGUGCCGGAUCACCAUCUCCCGGUCCAGCUAACUCCAGGCGGCGGUUCGGUCCCCCUGACCCCUGCCUUGCCUCGUCUGUCUGCCGCUCUGGCCGACCCUAGCCGAGCCCGAACAUGGCAGGGAACCUGAAGAAAGGCGGGGGGCUCAUCAGCAUGAUGAAGGAUGCCUUACAGCCACACCAUCACCACCUCCACUCCCAUCACCAGCCCGGGGCCGUGGACAAAAAGACGGUGGAGAAAUGCUGGAAACUGAUGGACAAGGUGGUGCGCCUGUGCCAAAACCCCAAAUUGGCUCUGAAGAACAGCCCCCCUUACAUCCUGGACCUGCUGCCAGACACCUACCAGCACCUGCGCACCAUCUUGUCUCGCUACGAGGGUAAAAUGGAGACUCUGGGGGACAACGAGUACUUCCGGGUCUUCAUGGAAAACCUAACCAAGAAGACCAAGCAGACCAUCAGUUUGUUUAAGGAGGGCAAGGAACGCAUGUAUGAGGAGAACUCACAACCCAGGCGGAACCUCACCAAGCUGUCAUUGAUCUUCAGCCACAUGCUGGCUGAGCUGAAGGCCAUCUUCCCUAAUGGUCUGUUUCAGGGUGACAACUUCCGCAUCACCAAGGCAGAUGCUGCAGAGUUCUGGAGGCGCGCCUUCGGGGACAAGACCAUUGUGCCUUGGAAAAUGUUCCGUCAGUCUCUCCAUGAGUUUCAUCCUAUCAGCUCCGGACUGGAGGCCAUGGCCCUCAAGUCCACCAUAGACCUCACCUGCAACGACUACAUCUCUGUCUUUGAGUUUGACAUCUUUACCAGGCUAUUCCAGCCUUGGUCGUCCCUGCUGCGCAACUGGAACAGCUUGGCAGUUACUCACCCUGGGUACAUGGCCUUCCUCACCUACGAUGAGGUCAAAGCGCGGCUGCAAAAGUUCAUCCACAAGCCUGGCAGUUACAUCUUCCGACUGAGCUGUACACGGCUCGGUCAGUGGGCCAUCGGCUACGUGACAGCAGAUGGAAACAUACUCCAGACCAUUCCCCACAAUAAACCCCUCUUCCAGGCCCUCAUAGAUGGCUUCAGGGAAGGAUUCUAUUUAUUCCCUGACGGCCGGACCCAAAACCCAGACCUGACAGGACUGUGUGAGCCUUCGCCUCAAGACCACAUCAAAGUCACACAGGAGCAAUAUGAGCUGUACUGUGAGAUGGGCUCCACUUUCCAGCUGUGUAAGAUCUGUGCCGAGAAUGACAAGGAUGUGAAGAUUGAGCCCUGUGGUCAUCUCAUGUGCACAUUCUGUCUCACUGCCUGGCAGGAGUCAGAGGGUCAGGGAACGGGAUGUCCCUUCUGUCGCUGUGAGAUUAAGGGUACAGAGCCCAUCGUCGUGGAUCCUUUUGACCCCAAGGACAACAGCGGGGGCUCCUGCAGGGGCACAUAUGGGGCUGAGGGUGCUCCAUCACCCAGCUAUGACGACGAUGAUGACGACAGACUUGAAGACCCCCUCCUCAUGAUGAGCAAACUUGCCUGUACAAAGGUGGAGCGCCCCCCGUCACCCAUGUCCAUGGCUCCUCAGUCCUCUCUUCCCCCUGUGCCGCCCAGACUAGACCUGCUACCACACAGACCUCCCAACCCCCCUGGUGCCUCCAGCCCCGGGGUCACCACUAAGGCAGCAUCUCACCACAAAGACAAGCCUCUUCCCCUCCCCCCAGCAUUGCGGGAUCUCCCCCCUCCCCCUCCUCCAGAACGCCCCCACACAGCUGGGACAGCCUCUGAUGGACGGCUGCCGAGGCGGCCCUUACCCUGCACUCCCGGGGAGCCCCCUCGAGAUAAGCUCCCUCCUGCACCCCCAAACCGGCCCCUGGCUGACUGGAAUUCCCGACCCGUUCCCAAGGCCCCCACCUCCUCUUCCUCAUCCUCUUCCUCAUCUUCCUCAUCCACCCAAGUCUCCAGUCUGGGAGGGGACAUUCGAGCAGGUGUCAGGGAACUCUCCAACCGACACUCCCUCCCCUUGGCGCUGCCCUCCGCUCUGGACACACGCUCGGACUCGCAGAAGAACAACAGCUCCCUCAGUCUGGACCACCAGCUGAAUUUUGCAGCAGUAGCCACUCAAGAUUAUGACAACCCCAAAGUGAAGCCCUCAUCCUCAGCCAACGCCAUCUAUUCACUGGCAAUUAGACCUUCUCCAGCCCUGAGGCCGGUGACAGGAGAGGAGGCACAGGACAGCGAGGAGGAGUCCGAGUACAUGAUCCCCUCCUCUCGCCCCGUCCUGCCCCCCAUCACCUCACUACCUGUAGGGGAGAUCCAACCAGUCCCGAGGCCUCCUCAGCCUCUAUCAGCGCUCCAGACACAGACCCAAGCCUCCACACUCAACGCACGGCUGACACUGGCUGAACUAGAGAAUGGACCUCAAAUGUAUGAAGCCAUGUACAACAUCCAGGCCAGGUCACAACAAGCCAGAGAUUCAGACUAUUCAGACUUGCCCCCUCUGGCGAUGACCAAUGGUCCCAGAGACCAAGCAGCUGAGGACGGGGAAGAAGAGGAAAAUGGCUAUGACUUCCCCAAACCCCGGCUGCCAAUGCCCACCGCCCGACGGACCCUUUCAGAACUGGGCGGGUCGUCUUCCUCGUCUUCAUCUUCCUCAUCAAGCUCAUCCUCCACAGCUGCUUUCAGUCGCCUUUCUCUAGAUUCGGAUGCCGGAGCUGCAGCACCCUUCUCAGAGCCGGUGGAAGCACCAGAGAGACCUCCAAAGCCCCUCCCCAGACGAAUCAACUCGGAGCGUCGACACAGCCCUGUCCCACCCUUCCCUGCUCCACCCAGUAGUGGGGCAACAGGAGGAGAAGCCAACCAUCAAAUCAGUAGCGAGAUCGAACACCUCAUGAGUCAGGGAUACUCUUACCAGGACAUCCAGAAAGCACUGAUGAUUGCACAGAACAAUAUCGAAAUGGCCAAGAAUAUCCUACGCGAGUUUGUCUCCAUUCCCUCCACCGCGCAUGUUCUUACAUAGCACAAUCCUCGUGCCUCUCUCUCAUGUUUGCUCUCUCGCCCUAGCUUGGCCCAGCCUGGUUGGGUUUAGGUUGGCACAGCCCAAAGCCCAUUGCCUGCAGCACUACCUCCGGUGCUGGCUGAGGCCCUACACCCCUGUGGAUUUUUAACUGGCUGUUCCUCCAGCGAGCUCACAGAAUCUCUGGGACUCCACGCCCUGCACUCCAUGCGCUUUCAACAGUGUCUGGCCGCCUUUUAAACUGCUACAGCAGGCCUCUUCGUUUUCAAGGACAUCUCCGCGGGACUGAGCGUGUGUGGAACAAUGACGGGACGCCACAUAGCGCGAGACUUUCGUAGAAAUCCUGAGAAGACAGAUUCUUAUCUUUCAUGUUGAAGCCUCUUGCUGAAAAUGUAACCAACACCUCACAAAUAAAACUAAAAAUGUAUGUCUAUAUGAAAAUUUAAUAUAUGAGUAAAUAUAUAUUAAAUGUGUGUAAUAUAUACAGUACGUGCAUAUACAGUGUGUAAAAAUUAUUAUAGCUUUGAGGGUCGCUGUUGGUACAAGCGAUAUGGGUAGACAGGGACCAGAUUAAAUGGUGGGGGGUUGGCCCUUUCUGGUGGACUGAGGGAUGUGAGAGUGUGGAGAAACACGUGAGGAAGAGGAAGAGUCGGGGUGUCUUCCUCAUCAGGAUGUGUUGGUCAACAGCAGCUUAGAAGACGUGCAGCAGAGCUUUUUUACGAUGAAUUCAGUCUGUUAUGGCCUUUUGAUUAACAACGUCGCUUUGGUACUUUUUCUUUUCUUUUUUUUUUUUAAGAUAAACAUGCUUGUUUUGUCGUGUUGUAUUUUUCAAAGUAGCAUGAUGAUGGUUUCAGGUCUGGACUGUUGUCUGGCAGGCUCUCUCUCUCUCUCUCUCUCUCUCUCUCUCUCUCUCUCUCUCUCUCUCUCUCUCUCUCUCUCUCUCUCUCUCUCGUGUGUGUGUAUAUAUAUAUACAUAUACAUAUACAUACAUACAUACAUACACACACACACACACACACACACACACACACACACACACACAUAUUAGUGUAUGUGAGCAUGCGUGUGUGUGUGUCUGCCAGACCUCAUGACCUGCUCUUCAAUGAACCCCUGUUCCUGUACAACAUGAAUGUGGAAUUACAGUCAGUAUACUCAGACUCGUACUCUGUAAACAUACUACUGCUCUAACUCAUAUGGCGGGGUCUAAUGUAGAUGUAGAGCCUGGCAGUGAGAUUAUUAGAGGACGUACUAAUGUCGACAACCCUGCAGUACCAGACAGGCUAGUGUUGUGUGAUCCGUGGUGGCUGAAACGUUUUCGUUCUGUCUUCGUCUAACUUCAUUGGCUGGCUGGUUCAGAUUUCUGUCUCCAGCUCGGUUCAGUGUUAUGAAACAAAAAGAAAUUGUCAUUGAUUUACAUUGGUAAUAUAUUAUUGUAAUAUGAUCAUAAAUAUUGUUAUUAUAAUUAAUUCAGAAGUCUUCACUGCUGCUACUAUUGUUAGUGCUAAACAAUUACGCCUUAAAUGUACAUUUGUGAAUACUGUGUUUAACCGUCAUCCUGUUCCUUUAAAGUGACAGUAUCAUCCAUGUUUCUCCAGUCCGUAAUGUAGCAUACUUGAAAGUACAAGCGGCUUGUGAGCCUGCAGCCCUCUCAACCUGUCGACUCUUCAGUGUUUUAAACCUUUUUUUAUAUAUAUAUAUAUAUAAAUAUUCUCUAUGAUUCUCUACAGUAGACUCUGUAUAGCAACAGUAAUAAAGCAAACAAAAUGCUAUAGGUAUGGAAACCAGCCAUUUUGUUAUAAAUUCAGGCUUCUCUCACACUCCUUUCUCACCCCACUGAAAGGGAGUGAUUACAUAGGCUUUUUAGAAAUGUCAGCUCAUGGGUUUGCUGGCCCACCCCCAAGUCUACAUUAAAAUCAGUAUUUGCGCCAACUGUAAGAACUAACUCAGGAAUAAUGUAAUAAUCUAAACACGCGGCGUUCACCCUGGCUGUCAAAAACCAGGAGGAGACUCAUUGGCAGAGACAGCAUCUCACCUGCCGUCUGUUCAUCCAGGUGACAUGUAGCCAAUAGUAUCCGCUUAAUGAAGUCACACAAGUAGCUUAUUACCUUUUUUUUGUCACAUUAUAACUUGCACAUUUUUCGUAUUAUUUCCAACGUUCGCAGGACUAGAGACAGCAGCUUAAUUUCCAGGUACUACGAAUGAAUACGAUAAAUGCAAAGAGCUUUUAGGUACAUUGAUUUGAACUUCUCCCAGCAUAUGAACAAGAAAGUGUUUUUUGUUUAUUUUUUUGGAGGGUGUAAAUCAUGUCCAUAGCUAAUCAGCUCUAGCUUAUUCUGGGUAAUGCUGUCUGUUGACUGAAAGCUAUUUCCAUGCUGUCUGGGCAGCCUCUGGUUUUUUUUUUUUUUUUCUCUUCUGUUCCUAGUUGCCUUGAGAAACUUCUUGAAUGAUAGGUAAUGGACGAGGAGGUCCCCAAUCCUCAAUAUUGUACCAAUAUUGAUGUUUCGAGGACAGCGUGUCAUUGUCGUGUAUUAUUUACCUUUUUAUUUUUGUUUUGUUAUCGCACAGUAUACCAAUUUUUGCUUCGAUACUGUCACUCUAAAGAAAAGCUAAUUGUAUAAAGUUAGUGAUAUGAAAAGAAAAAAAAGGCUUUUAUUUCAUGUAUUCAUGUAUUUUGUUCCAAAGGUUUUGUUUACUUAUGUGAGUAAUUCUGUGAGAAGUGCCAUAUGUUUAGAGAUCCUCACCAUGUUUAGAAUAAGGCCUUGUUUUUGAAGAGUGUUGGUAGGUAUUGAUCUGUACCUGUUGAUCUCUGAAGGCAAGAUUGUGCAUUAUUGCUUGUAUUAAUCUGUCUUCUGCCUUGUCAGCCGCAUCGAGCCUCAUCUGUUGGAGGUGAAAGGUCUUGGCUUCCUUUUGUUUGUCUUUCUUACCUAAAAGAUAAACCAGGUUCCAGAUCAGUGCUCAGCCUCAGAGAUGCUGGAUACCUCAGUCCCUGCGUUGGGGUACUUCAACUUUCUGCCAGAAGAGGGAGCCGUUGUUCCAUGUAGCCGUGUCGCUUGUCGUCAGUAAAAGGCAUUCAUUAACUUUCUUUGAUGGUUUUUUAAAGCUCAUAUCACUUUGGAAGUAUGCACAGUGCUGUUAAUAAAAUGAUAAGCAAAAGCCA